CGCAGCAGCCGCAGCAGUGUGUCUGCAGCCGUACAGACAGACAGGCAGAGGCUGCCGCAGAGCUGAGAACGUCCCCUAGAUGAGGAAAGUUUCCCGCAAGUUUGCAUUUUCACUUUUCGUGAAGAAAUCCGAAAGAGGUUGUGAAGGAUUUCUUGAAAGAAACUAACUCUGCAGAGAAGAUCUCCUUAGGCUACUCACUGAAGAAGGAGACCCAACUAUUUUUUUUUCUGGGAUGGAUGCAACUUUCACGUUGUGCUUCAUAACGGGGAACUUAUAAGAGUGUGGAUAUAUUGUAGUUCUGCAAGAAAAACAGCACAGAGGAACAGAUGAACGCUUAAAACGAAGAAGCAAAGAUGAAGACAGCUGCCAAGGGUUUUGGAAAGUCUAAAAUGGAUCCUUUGCACUUUGAGGGGUGGUUUAGCAGAAGGAUAGUGCUAACAGUGUAUGUGGCCUUGGAGCUUUUAACACUCCAUUCAUCUUUUGUCCUCGGGACCCUUGAGCUACAGCUAGAUGAGGAACAACCAGCUGGCACAGUUGUGGGUGAUAUCAGCGCUGGACUUCCUCCUGGUGUCACGGCUUCCUUGUAUUUCAUCUCUGACCACGAGGGCACUGGAGUGGGCAGUGAUCUGGACAUAGAUGAAAGCACGGGUAUAAUUAAAACCGCCAAAGUUCUGGACCGGGAGUUGAGAGACAGAUACAGCUUCAUUGCAGUCACCAUGACAGGUGUGACUGUUGAAGUGACUAUUAACGUAAAUGAUAUAAAUGACCACGCUCCAAAGUUUCCCCGAAAAAGAGUGACAUUUAAAAUUCCAGAGCAGACAGCCAUUGGCACAAGAUUUCCUCUUGAGCCAGCUGUGGACAGUGAUAAAGGACAGUUCACAACACAGGGUUAUCUUAUCAAGGAUGGAAAUGUUGGCCAGGCCUUCACCUUGGAGACAAGGAGGGGAAGCAGUGAGGUUCUCUUCCUGGACUUGGUGGUCAAUGGCAUUCUAGACCGAGAGAAAAGAUCAACCUACACGUUAUCUUUAGAGGCCUUUGAUGGCGGUUCACCCAAAAGAACUGACCAGAUAACUUUAGAUAUUAUUGUACAAGAUAUAAAUGACAACGCUCCUGUUUUUAACCAGAGCCGCUAUCAUGCUAUCAUAUCUGAGAAUCUCCAACCAGGAAGCAACAUCCUCCAGGUGUUUGCAACAGAUACUGAUGAGGGCGAUAAUGGGGUGGUGCUGUAUGAAAUCAACAGGAGGCAAAGUGACCCCAACCGGUACUUUGUCGUGGACACUCGCUCUGGGAUAAUCACUUUGAACAAGCCGCUGGACUUUGAGAUGAGAAGAGUCCAUGAGCUUGUGGUCCAGGCUCAAGAUAAUGCAACCCAUCCAGAAGUGACCAAUGCCUUUGUAACUAUUCAUGUCAGAGACUACAAUGACAACCAGCCCACCAUGACUAUCAUCUUUUUAAGUGAGGAUGGGUCUCCUAGAAUCUCCGAAGGCGCUCAGCCAGGCCAGUAUGUAGCCCGGAUCUCAGUAACCGACCCAGAUUACGGAGAGUAUGCCAAUGUGAAUGUGUCGUUAGAAGGAGGAGAUGGAAAAUUUGGCCUGACAACAAAAGAUAGCAUCAUAUAUCUUGUGUGUGUGGACCAAAUACUGGACCGGGAGGAGAGGGACACCUAUGAACUGAGAGUGAUGGCAACAGACUCGGGCACACCCCCACUACGGGCGGAGUCCUCCUUUGUCAUCCAGGUGACAGACAUCAAUGACAACCCUCCUCUUUUUGAUCAGCCAGUGUACAGACAACUGAUCCCUGAAGUGGUCUUCCCAGGCAGCUUUGUGUUGCAGGUAACUGCAAGAGAUAAAGACCAGGGGCCAAAUGGAGAUAUUAACUACAGCAUCCUGCAAGAUCCAAGUGGCUACUACAGCUGGUUUAGCAUAGACUCAAUCACAGGCAUUAUUACCACUCUAUCCCAGCUGGAUUAUGAAAAGAACCCUAGUCCCAGUAUAACUGUUGUUGCCACAGAUGGAGGAAACCCUCCCCUUUCUUCCACAUCAGUGGUUAACAUCUUACUUCAGGAUAUAAAUGACAAUGAGCCUGUUUUUGAGAAAACUUUCUACAACGUGUCCAUCAAGGAAAACACAGCUCCAGGGACCUGCAUUCUUCAGGUGACUGCAACAGAUGCGGAUGGCGGCUCCUUUGGCUCGGUGUCUUACUCCCUCGGCUCUGGCAGUAAAAGCGCUGUUCCCUCUCAUUUUACCAUUGGCAAGCAGACGGGCCAGAUCUGCACUAACGCCCCACUAGACAGGGAUCAAGGGCCGGACAGUUUCGACUUCACUGUAACAGCAGUAGACGGGGGUGGACUGAGUUCAGUAGCCUACGUGAAGGUGGAUCUGGUUGACAUUAAUGAUAACAGACCCGCUUUCUAUCCACUCAGUUAUGCUGUUAGUUUGAGCACACAGAGUGCCCCUGGGACAUCUGUUGUCAGAGUGAUGGCCUAUGACCCAGACUCUGGCGAGAAUGGCAAAAUUACAUACAAAACGGUACCUGGAGGAGCCUCUCCAUAUUUUACUCUCAACAAAGACACAGGUGUUAUCUCGCUGUCUCGGUCAGUCUAUGGGAAAGCCAACUCUAUUAUUCCCAUGGUUAUCUCUGCUCAAGAUGGUGGGGGACUCUUAGCCUUAGACAAUGCAAGAGUCAACAUCAGUGUGAUGGCAGGACUUGUGGCACCACCUGUGUUCGAACAGACUCAGUACCACCUUACUGUAUCAGAGGAUGCGUUGCGUGGGACAGUGGUAGGCAUCGUCCAAGCCAGCAGUAAGACAGGCAAUUCCAAGAGCAUCACCUACACAAUAAGCUCUGGGGACCCAUCCGGCUACUUCACUGUGGAUUCUGACACUGGAGCCUUAAGGACCAGUUUGCCACUGGAUCAUGAAACCCAGCCUGUUCUUGAUUUAGAAGUGCAGGCCCGUAGUGGCAACCCUCCGGCAUUUGGCCAAACCCGUGUUCACAUCACCAUAGCAGACACCAACGACAACCCUCCAGUGUUUUUGCCCUCGUCUUCAGAGUCCCUGCUGCUGCCGGAGAACACAGAGAUGGGCACAGUGGUGUAUCGGAUCCAAGCAGAGGACAGAGACUCAGGACUCAAUGGACAACUCAGCUUUGAACUUUCCUCUCCAAAUGGAAUCCAGAGAAUUUUCAGCAUAGAGCGCAGCACCGGAGAGAUCCGAUUGGUUGGCAGCCUCAGCUAUGAAACUAACCCUCGCUAUGACCUCUUGGUGAUUGCCAAAGAUAAAGGUGUGCCCCCGCUUAGUGCCACCCUUAUGCUUGUAGUUCAUGUGCAAGCAGAAAACGAGCAGGGUCCUGUGUUUGAUACCCUCACCUACAGAGUAGAGCUAAAAGAAGGAACCCCAAUAAACACUCGCUUCCUGCAAGUCAGGGCCAUGAGCAGAGAGGUCCCAGGCUUGGGUCAUCUGAGCCCGCUGAUGUAUCACCUUCGUCCAGAUGGAGAUGCUGCAGGAUUUGGCAUUGCUGCAGACAGCGGCUGGCUGUUUGUAAAGAGCUCUCUAGACAGAGAGCAGAAGGACAUGUUUCUUUUAACAGUGCUGGCCAGUGUUACCCACGGAGGGCUAAAGAAGACGGGAAGUGCCACGGUUCGCAUAUCUGUGACUGAUGAGAAUGACAAUGCUCCUCGGUUUGCCCAGCAGAGAGUUUUCAUGGCUGUGAGAGAAAAUCUGCCCACGGGAACAGGAUUCGGUCACGUAUUGGCCACAGACAGAGACAGCGGAUCCAACGGACGGCUCAACUACCGCUUCCUGCAUACUGACCGCCACUUCCAGAUAAACACCCACACAGGUGAAAUCAGUACAAGGAUGACUCUUGAUAGAGAACAGCAGUCAAGCUAUCAGCUGAUGGUGGUCGUACAAGAUGGAGGUUCACCGCCUCGCUCUGCGACAGGCACCGUCUUCAUUACUGUACUCGAUGACAACGACAAUGACCCAACUUUCAUCCACAGUCAGUCGGGCAAAAAUGUCAUCAUACAGGUGACAGAAGGUCAAUCUGCUGGCGCUGUGCUGGGAAUUCUGCAAGCCCAAGACCCAGAUGAAGGAGAGAAUGGCACAAUAAUCUACUCCUUGUCAGGUCCCAGAGCUGAGCGUUUCUCUUUGAACGCAAUCACUGGCGAGCUGCACUCAUCAUCCCCUCUUAGCCACUCAGAACGGGCUGAAUACACUCUGACAGCGACAGCCACUGACAGAGGACUACCCCCGCGCAGCGCCUCUUGCUCCCUCACAAUUCAGGUUAUCAGCAAAAACAGUCAAGAGACUAAAACAAGCCUGCACUCCAUUUCAUUCAACUCUGUGGAGGAGGAGGCCAGUCCUGGAACUAUUAUUGGAUCAGUUCGCCUUCAUGACAGGGGAACUGCAGAAGAGGGCAAGGUGACAUACACAGUGAUCGGGGGGACAGAUCGGGAUGGGACUUUUGUUGUGGACCGCCUCACUGGUGAUGUGUAUCUGGCUCGUCCUCUUGACUAUGAACGAGACACACGGUACAGCCUGAGAAUCGAAGUGGAUGAUUUCUCGCAGGUCCCUCCUAAAAGCACGCUUGUCAAUUUGGACAUCAACAUAGAAGAUAGUAACGACCACUCCCCUGAGUUUGCUGAGGAUCCCAUAACAAUUGUCAUCUCUGAGAACAUGGAAGUUGGCUCUUCUGUCUACACUUUCCAGGCGACGGAUAAAGAUGGCAGUGGGCUUAACAGUGAACUGAAAUACUCCAUUCUCCAGCAGUGGCCAAAUACCCCAGGCCUUUUGAUUCUUGACCCUGUCACUGGUAUUCUUUCUUUGGGACACAAGCUAGAUCAUGAGGUGACAUCCACAAUGAUACUGGUUGUCAAGGCAACAGAUUCUGCCCUCAAUGUCAGCCAGAGGCGUUGGGGUUCUGUCACAGCAAGGAUCUAUGUAACCGACGAGAACGACAACCCACCGAUGUUCAUAUCACCAACAGCAGUCAGCGUCAUGGAGGACCAGCCAGUGGGCUUUGUGGUGCUUUUUCUCAUGGCCAGAGAUGCAGAUCAAGGGGAGAACAGUAGAGUGACCUACAGAAUCCAUUCAGGCAACACGGGCGGGACGUUUAACCUCAACCCUAAUACGGGCUCUCUUUCUAUUUUCAAACCUCUGGACCGUGAGGAACAGGACAUCUUUAACCUCACAGUAAUUGCUGAGGAUCAUGGGAUACCUCAACGCUCGUCUAGCCAGAUGCUGUGUGUCCAUGUGAUUGAUGUCAACGAUGAAGUGCCCUGGUUUGAAGAGAGUCAUUAUGAAGCCCAAAUCUCUGAGAAUAAACCUGCCGGAACAAGUGUUUUAACAGUGUUGGCCUCAGAUCUGGAUCAAGGAAUCAAUGGGCUCGUGACAUAUGGUGUCUCACAGGGAAGUUUCACCAUCAACCCGGUCACAGGCAUCAUAACGACUACUAAGCCUUUGGAUAGGGAGCUUCAGGAUUAUUACUCUGUGACAGUUUACGCAAAAGACGGAGGCCUCCCAGCCAACUAUGCUAAAGCAACAGUGAAGAUCAAGGUCCUUGACGUAAAUGACAAUGCCCCUGUUUUUGGACGUCUGUACUACAGCAUAGAGGUGCCUGAAAAUCUGGAUGCAUUACCUCUGUUCACCCUAAAAGCCACAGAUCCAGACGCAGGAGACAGUGGAGAGAUUAGCUACAGAAUUACAGCUGGGGAUCCAUCUGGAAACUUCCACAUUGACCGUAAAUCAGGCAUGCUGUAUACUUCAAGGCCGCUGGAUCGAGAAAAAAGACCUGGGUAUACCUUGACAGUUGUAGCUCAGGACAAAGGCAGUCCUCCGCUCAGUAGCAGCACCACUGUUGAAGUGACAGUUCUGGACGUCAAUGACCACAGGCCACAGUUUGAAAGCAGCAGCUUUACUGCCGACAUUUCAGAAGACGUUCCCAUUGGUUCCCUGGUUCUAGAGGUCAGGGCCAUUGAUUUGGACAUUGGACCCAACAGUCAAAUCUUCUACUUCUUGAGCCAUGGCUCUCAGAGCAUGUUCAUUAUAGACCAGAACACAGGCCGCAUCAUCACAGCAGCACCCCUAGAUAGAGAGAAAACCGCCUCUUACACCUUUGAGGUUUGUGCCACUGACUCAUCCCCUGCAAACCCUCUAAAUUCAACUGCUGAAGUAACAGUCUACAUUCAAGAUGUGAACGACAAUGCACCGUUUUUCAUUCAGGAUCCACUUAUUCUGAACAUCUCUACCAGCAGCACAUCUAAUCGGCAAAUCUUAGCCACAAUGAGGGCUGAGGAUAAGGACUUUGGGGCUAAUGGAUCUGUGUUUUAUCGCUUUGCCAACCCUGUCAAAGGAUUUACUAUCAACUCACUAACAGGAGACAUCCAGGCAACAGAAAAGCUUCAAACUCUCACCCAAACCCAAAGGACUUUGAUAGUUCAGGCCAUGGACCAAGGAAAUCCUGCUCAGUCUUCCUUGGGAGUUGUUAUUAUUUAUAUUAGGGAGCAACACUACAGAGGGAUCCGCUUCUCUCGUAUAGCUAGAGACGUCAGUUUGCAAGAAAACGCUGCUAAAGGCACCGUAGUGACAAAAGCUGAAGCCCAAUAUCCUGAUGGCUCUAAAACUGGGAUCAUCUACAGCAUUUUCAGUGGGAAUAAAAUUCAGUCCUUUGGGAUAAACUCUAUUACUGGUGAUAUCUGGGUGCAGAAAUCCGAAGGACUGGACUUUGAGGAGACUCCAAAACUCCGCCUAGUGGUGAAAGCAGAGACAGCAUCUUCCAGCUCUUACAUGGCUGUCAACUUAAUUCUACAAGAUGUGAACGACAACUUACCACGCUUCCAGCUCCAGAACUAUGUAGCAUACAUCAAAGAGGCGCAAGGUCACAAUUCUCCUAUUAUUCAGGUUGCUGCAGAUGACCUCGACCAGGGUCAGAAUGGUCAGGUGACAUAUUCCAUCAGGUCAUCAUCCAUGAGUGGUUUGUUCAGAAUUGACCCACUGACUGGCAGCAUCACCACUGGUGCCAUCAUGGACCGGGAGAUAUGGACACAAACAAAGCUCGUUGUUGUGGCAACAGACCGGGGAACCCCACGGCUGGCUGGCUCCGCCACCCUCACUGUGAUCAUCGUCGACCUCAAUGACAACAGCCCCAUGAUUCCUCUGCCUCGAGAGAUCCGGGUGCCUGAGGACACUCUUAUUGGGACAGUUAUCACUCAGGUUACAGGAAAUGAUGUGGACUCGGGACCCCCGCUCUCCUAUACACUCCACCUAGAUGCUGACAGCCAAGGCAUGUUUGGAGUUCAUCAUUAUGGGGGAGGAGUGUCUUUGACAGGGUCUCUCAACUAUGAAGAAAGGACGUGGUACACACUAACAAUCCGCUCAUCUGACUCUGAACAUCAAAGUGAAGCCAAUCUUACUGUGCUAGUGGAUGACGUGAAUGACAAUGCCCCCGCGUUUACUCAAGAUUUAUACCAGGUGACCGUAUCAGAACACCUAGGAGCAGGCAGUGCAUUGAUCACCUUGACAGCCACUGACCGUGACUCUGGUGAGAAUGGAAGAAUUACCUACAGAGUAAUGUCAUCCACUAAGAGUGGUUUCUUCAUUGAUCCAAGCAAUGGGACUCUUUUCAUUAGCCAAAAGACAGAACUGGAUUUUGAAUAUCCCAGCAUUCUUGUGGCAAUUGAAGCACGGGACCAUGGUACUCCAUCUCUAUCAUCCAUCGCCACUGUCCAGGUCCAAGUGUCUGACGUUAAUGACAACGCUCCCGUUUUCCACCAGUCGGAGUACAGAGCCACUGUCUCUGAAGAUGGUCUUCCUGGAUCAACUGUUCUCACAUUAGAAGCUGUGGAUGGAGACCUUUUCCGGGAAAACUGUGGUUUUGAUUUUGCCAUUGCCAGUGGCAACUUUGGUAAUACCUUCCAGAUUGAGAGCAGUGUGCACUUCUUGGAGGGCCAGGGAUUCCAAACAGUUGGCAGCCUGAUUCUGGUGGAAAAGCUGGACUUUGAAGUGGUCCCAACUUAUAACCUGACUGUUGUGGUGUCAGAUUGGGGGAUCCCCCAGCGAAGCGCCAGCGUGCCUGUUCUAAUCAGUGUUACAGAUGCCAACGAUAACCCUCCGACAUUCAGUCGAACAGAUUACAUUGUUGUGCUCAGUGAAGGAACAGCAAAGGGAACAGAGAUCUUGCAUUUAUCGGCCACAGAUCCAGACUCUGCCCCCAAUGGAGAGGUGCAGUACUCCAUAAGCUCAGGAGAUGAAACACAUCUGUUUGAGGUGGAUCCUUGGACUGGAGUACUGAGGCUGCAGAGACCUUUAGAUGGCCAAACUCAGCUGUCACAUAUGAUUGUUGUCCAGGCUACUGAUGGCCAAGGCCAUUAUGCAUUGACAUCAGUAAAUAUUGAGGUCAAAGACAUAAAUGACAACAGGCCUUUCUUCCCUCUUAAAUCAGUAACUGCAAGUGUCAGGGAGAACCAGCCCCCCAAUGCCUUAGUUACCAUGUUGCAUGCAGUUGACCAUGACAAGGGAGUCUUUGGACAGCUGAAGUAUUACCUGUUAGAUACCUCUAAAGAUAGACAAGAGGACUUCUUCAUAAAUCAAACAUCAGGCGAAGUACGAGCACGCUCUACAUUUGACUUUGAGAAGGUCAACUCCUUCCAUUUUGUAGCUGUUGCCCUGGAUCCUGGCAAUUAUUCUUCCACUGUAACAGUACAGGUUUAUGUCACCGGAGAGGAUGAAUAUGAUCCUGUUUUUGUCUCAUCAGACUUCUCAUUUGAAGUGCCAGAAGGAGCAAGGAAAGGUCAGAUCAUUGGCAAAAUACAAGCUAGAGAUGAAGACGGAGGUGUGGAUGGCAUUGUCCUUUACUCAUUAUCGGAAAAUUCUCCUUACUUUGAAGUCAAUGAAUCAACUGGAGAAAUUGCUAUAAAGAUGGACAGCAAUUCUCGACAUAUGAGCCGAUCUAAAAGAGAGAUACGCCUGAUUACUCUGGAUGUUUCUGCUCACAGCCCUCUAGAGACUUCUCGCACAACAGUUGCCAAAGUUACCAUUGAUGUGAGCCAUACAUCUUUUGGCCUUAACACAGACAUGAAUAUGCUGCUUGUCAGCGUCAUUGCUGUUUCACUUGGGACCAUAAUGAUUCUAAUAGUAAUUGCUGUGGCACUAUUUUUUGUGAGAAUGCGACACCACAAACGGGAACAAAGAACCCAUAAAAGAAACACAAUUUCAGGAACUCUGCUGCAUAAUUUUGAGGAAACAAAACUAGCAGCAAAUGAAAUUAUAUACCAUCAGGCACUUCCUGGCUAUGCAUCUGAUCAGAGUGGUAAUGUUGGGGGUCCAUACACUCGUGGGGGAUCCCUAGAUCCGUCUCAUUCCAGUGGCCGGGGCUCUGCAGAAGCAGCAGAGGAUGAUGAAAUCCGAAUGAUUAAUGAAUAUCCUCGAGUGUCAAGCAUCUCUUCCUCCAUGCAGGAGCAUAUAUCUGCCAGAGGUCCAGACUCUGGAAUUCAGCAGGAUGCUGAUCAGCUAUCAGAUGUUUCCUGUGAACCACCUUUAGACUGGUUUAAAGGAAAGAAACUGAGCAGCACAAAUAGUACUUUAAUAGCUGGCCAGGUGCCAGUGUAUAGGGAUGAACGGGGUGGGUAUGUGGGUGUUGGGCGAGGACUCAGCAUCUCCCAGCCUAAAGACUAUACGUUCCCAGAGGACGGGAAGCCUCCUGUGGACGGUUCCCUUACAGCCAUUGUGGCCAGUGAUGAAGAGCUGAGGGGCAGCUACAACUGGGACUACCUUCUUAACUGGUGCCCCCAGUUCCAACCCCUAGCUAACGUUUUUACAGAAAUAGCACGUUUAAAAGAUGAAACUGCUCCUGCUCAUUCCCGCAGGUCAUUUCAUCAUAAAGUAAAAGCAGAGUCAAGGAUUGACCCUCCACCUCUCAUAACCUCAGUGGCCCACCCUGGGGCCAAAACUGUACCUCCAAAGCCUGCCAUAUCGAGGACUUUCUCUCACUUGGCCUCAUUAAGAAGAUCUCCAAUCAGGGCUGAGGGGUCCAUUUCCUCGGUCGCAAUGUCUCCUAGUUUUUCCCCAUCUCUCUCGCCACUGGCAACUCGUUCUCCUGCAGUUACACCCUUCAGUGUCUCACAGGGGCCCUCUGCCUCCUUGAUCAGCACAACUGAGCACAGUUUUGAACACAGCGAGGAGGCAGAUCUGCAGAUUUAAAUGUUAAACUGCUGGUUUAAAACCCAGUCACUGCUGUUCAAAACUUGUGCUGCUGUAGGACCAUAGGCUGCAACUUGAAAUGCUCAGCUCUCUUCUGUUCUGUUUCUCAAGAGAAUAAGUGUUACACAGUGUUACAUUCAGACCAAAAAGUUGAAGCUGUGGUGCUUUUUAAGACAAAACAUCAUUUACAGGCCAAAAAGGAUUAUGCCUUUCUGUGUGUGCUUGUGUGUUUUAUGUAUUUUUAUUUUGUUGAUCAGUGUUAAUUUGCACAUUGAGAUGGAGAUUUAUACAUGAUGUCAAUAUUUUGUACAAAGUAAUUGUUUAUAUUUUUGUACUUACAUGUGGUUUCUGUCAAAAACAGUAAAGUGUCAAGGGGUAGAACACACCAGAUUAUAUCUGUAUAUUUGUAGCUUGUACUGUAUGUCCGUACUGUAUGUUGGUGACAUUGUACAUAUUCUCAACCUCGUGGUUCAAAUGAAGCUCCUCAUCAAGGUUUUAUGAAUUUAGAUUUUUGUAUGAGAUAACUGUAAAUAUUUGUAGUAGAAGGAUCUUCUUUACUUUCCUAAAUGGAACAUCAGUCAGAAAAAAGUUUCUGUGAUCAUAUGUUCAACUGAUAAUAAUGAAUGUGAAAAGCUGAAAUGUCCUUAACACACGCUCCUUUAAACCGUACAAAGGAAAGGAGAACAUGACACCCAUUUUUCUUGUACAGUAAGAGCAACGGCUUUAAUUUACCACUCUAAGCCUUACUGUUUUUCAUGUUUUAUUGUGAAAAUUGUUAAGCAGAUAUGUGAAAAAUGGAAAAUCAUUUACUCUGUCAGCAGCAGAACCAUUCCAGAAAAUGUAAGCAAUUCUGCUACUUUAAAAACACGAUAACAGGGCCAUUCUGGGAUCAAAUUUGGGACAGAUUUUUUUUUUCUGGUAAGUUUUUGUGUACAUUAUUUCAACUUUUUAUUGUCAACUAACAAAUUAAAAAAUUUUGAUUUUUGAUCUUCAAGCAGGAAUGUUUCAGUUGCUUUUACACAGAGAUCUGAUCAUCUGCGUGAUCAUAAUGUGCUUUCGGCUUUUACAGAAGAAAACAUGUUCAGGUUUAUUUCUUUAACUUCAUAGUUCCCCUACUUAGUUGCCAGUUUUAUAGUUAUAUUAUCAUCUUGCAUUUAACUGUAAAACUUAUUUAAACACGCCCAGAAAAAGAGGGGCUUGAUAAAUUAUUUACAGUAAUGUUAGAAUAUUCUGACCAUGACAAAAUAAACACUACAUAUUUAACUGAAUAAAGGCACCUACUUUUUGUAACAUUUUUAUUUAACAGAUGUUGAAAAAAAUUGUCAACUGCCUCCUUUUACCGUCAGUAUUGAAGAAAAAACACAAGAGAAAAUAUUGCAUAUCAAGUCUAAACUUGUCCUGAGUGAUGUUUUAAGGAAAAAGUGCCUGAUUAAAGUCCUUGAUAUCUCA